CCAAAAUGGCGACGGAAUUUCAAGAUCCUGUCAAACUGUCAUAAUAUCACUUCAGUAUCCAUUCCUGUCCUGUUUUAUGUGAAUUAUCAAAUGAAAAAGUUAUGCUAUUAUAUUCGCCACUAACCUACACGUGAUAAAUAUGUCUGAAUCAGACUCAGAGCUUGAAAAAGCUCUUGUAGAGUUGAAAACAUUGCAGUCGAUGAUUGACAAUAUCGAACAGCACCUCAAAGGUUUACGAACUCAGUGUGCGCUGAAUGACAUCACUCAAAAAGAAAUACGGGUUACUGAAGGCAAGCUUGUAGUGUUUGUUAGUAAGCAGAUUAUAAUAAAAAACAAACUUCAGUCUGAAGACAAUGUUCACGAUUACCCCAAAACACAACAGUGGCUAACUUGUGUUGGCCUUCCUCAACAAACUAUCAAGGGCUUGCUAGAUGAAGAUGAACACCUUAGCUUGUAUUCUCUGCUGGAGCAGUCUGAGUCGGACAUAAAGUGCUUGCUGUUAAAGCACAAAGCGAGUAAUGAAGAUGCCAGGAGACUCAACCUUGCUCUACGUAAUCUCAAAAUAGCCACAGAGCGUGAGCUAUCAGGUGGAAGCAGUACAUCGGGUGACAGUGAUGUGGAGUUGCAUUGGACGAACCCGGACUCCAAAGGCUCGUAUGGGGACUUCCCCGUUCGCCGGAGUCCACGGCCAUCCACUUCCUCAAUAUCGUCAUCGGAAAACUCGACCACAGCUAUCCCCGCCCAGACCCACAGCACCCCACCCUCCCCGGUGCCCCACCCACACCACACACACAAUGAGAGGCUGAGGUCUGUAGGGUACACUCCGCCACCCACUCCUCCGCUUGUUAGAACUCCAAAGACUAAAUAUCCUAUCACCCCACCACCAAAGAAGAAGAAUUUAUUGUUUCCAGAAUACCCUACAAUCAGCAGAAGCAAAUCCCAGGAGUCACAGUUGGCUCAUAGAGUACAAGACAUUGAUCCAGUGCGAAGUGGCAAAAAGAAACAUGUAAAAGACUUAACCUUAGGUAGUUAUGUGAAUCUAGGAGGUAGCCAUGAUAUGUUGACACUUCGACGACAUUCUAAUGAACAGGAGGCUAAUAGUCGAGGACCGUCUGGGCCGGCUUCUCCGAUUAUGAAUUCUCCAAUUCAUUCUCCGCAUUUUAUACAGACUGGAGUGGGAGAUGGAUCUUUAAUGGUUCCCCAUAUACCAGUGGGUCACCAAGCUAUGAUGAAACAUCAAAUUAAUCAUAGAUACAUAAAUAAGCUGUUGAUUGGAAGCACUUGUGAUGUCUGCAACAAGAACAUGUUCCGGGGAAAAUACUGCAAGUAUUGCAAAUUUAAGUGCCACCGUGAUUGUGCAAAUAAGGAGUCCCCCAGCUGUGGUCUUUCAAAGGAGCUACUUGACGUUGUCAUGAAAAACAUGUUUGAAGGUGCCUCCAAUCCGCGACGACCUCCACACUCUGGCCUGUUACCACACAACACUCCGGAGCUGCUGAGGCCCACUCGCUCGGUGCCAGCUUUUCAGGUGCCAGACUCCAGUUCUGCGUCCUCCUCUAAUUCCUCGACCCACUCGUCCCCCGUGCCCAUGGGCAUGUCGUCUGGGACCUUUACCUCCCCCUCCCCUUAUGCCUCACCUCACAUACAGCGUUCUUUCCAGUUUCCCGACAUAUCUGAGAGUUCUACGGAUGUGACGCAGACAGAACCGGCCCUCUCGACUGCCUGGGAUAGAGAUGUAGAUGUGGUUAGCACAAAUACUUCAAACGACAGUGAUAAAACUAUUGUUGAUAGUACGAUGUCAGACCUAACUCUGCUGGACAGAGAGGAUUCGGUGGACAGCCAGGAGGAGGAGGGGCAUCCCCUACACAGGGACGGCAGUAUUUCAGUAGCAUUACGAGAAUGGGACAUUCCAUAUGAAGAGUUGACUUCCGAAGAUGUAAUAGGGACCGGACGCUUUGGGACUGUGUAUAAAGGGCAAUGGCACGGAGAUGUCGCCAUUAAAAUGUUACACAUGGACCCUGAUACUGACAUAGCAGCUCAACUCUCCGCUUUCAAAGUUGAGGUAGCCAAUUUGAGGAAAACUCGUCAUGAAAAUCUUGUGUUAUUCAUGGGGGCAUGUAUGAAACCUCCCCAUCUGGCUAUUGUAACAAGUUUAUGUCGAGGCAGUUCGUUAUUCACCCUGUUACAUGUGAGAAAAGAGAAGUUUAAUAUGAGUAAAUCUAUCAUCAUUGCCCAACAAGUGUGUCAGGGUAUGGGAUAUCUCCAUGCAAAAGGAAUAGUGCAUAAAGACUUGAAAACUAAAAAUAUAUUCUUUGAUAAGGACAAAGUUGUGAUAACAGACUUUGGCUUGUUUAAUGUUACCAAGCUGUGCCAUGCUAAUAGACACAUGGACCGGCUACAGAUACCUCCGGGCUGGCUCUGCUACCAAUCUCCAGAGAUCAUAAAGUCCCUGCAGGCAGGGGCUGCCUAUGCCAGCACCGAUCUGCCAUUCUCAGAAAUGUCGGAUGUGUAUGCAUUUGGAACUGUAUGGUAUGAGCUGUUAAACGGGAACUGGCCAUUUGAACAACAGCCCCCGGAGAGCAUUAUCUGGCAGGUGGGCAGUGGGUUAAAACCUUCAUUUGGGACCAUUAGGGGAUCCAAGGAGGUCAAGGACAUGCUGUUGCUAUGCUGGAAUUAUCAAGCUGAUGAUCGACCCAGUUACAGCCAACUGCUCAAAAUCCUGGAACGGUUACCACGGAAACCGUUCACAAGGAGCCCCUCACACCCAAUACACCUUUUAUCCCGGAGUGCAGACUCCCUUCUACCCUCUUGAUAGUGGGAAGAUAUUGUUUAGGAAUUUUAUUGUAAUAAAUUGACCGUUUUUAGGAAAUUUACUCCAAUGAUUGACAAUGUCUAAGAAUUCUUCUACUGUCAUUGACAUUGUCAUGGAAUUUCUACAAUCAUUGACAUUGUCUUGGAAUUGUACUACAAUCAUUGACAUUGUCUUGGAAUUGUACUACAAUCAUUGACAUUGUCAUGGAAUUGUACUUCAAUCAUUGACAAUGUCAUGGAAUUCUACUACAGUCAUUGACAUUGUCAUUGAAUUCUACUAAAAUUGUUGACAUUGUCAUUGAAUUCUACUACAGUUGUUGAUAUUGACAUGGAUUUCUGCUACAGUCAUUGACAUUGUCAUGGAAUUCUACUACAAUCAUUGACAUUGUCAUGGAAUUCUACUACAAUAAUUGAGAAUGCCGAAAAUCUACUACAAUCAUUGACAUUGUCUAGAAGAUUUCUACAACAAUUAUCUGGCUUUUUCUUGAAAUUCCGUUACAAUUCAUUGACUUUGUCAAGGAGUGUUUCAAUGUCUUCGGACUUGUAGGAAUUUUUACUGUGCUGAAAUGUUCUAAUCUAUAGAUUGACAUAUAUCGAAAAAUAAAAAUUGUAAUAACUUCACCAUAUAAAGGUCCAGCAUCAGUUUUGACUGUAUUAUGAUUGAAAUUCCAUGUAGCUAGUUGGCUUCAAAAGCUAUUUCCAUUUCGUAUGUGAACAAUUUUAUUCUUUCAAAUACAUGUUUUUUUAUUAUAAUGUUCAGCUUGAAUGACAUCAGUUUUCUUUUUAUGAAAAACUAUAUUCACCAUCAUUUCUCACCUAGUUUAUUCUAUAACAAAGAUGUACUUCAAAACCUACACCUUGAAAGUUCAUUCAAUUGGAGCAGUAUUGUUAAAGGCUUACAUUUCAUGUUGUUGUUGGAUUAUAUAUGAGAGAGUAAGUUUUCAAAUUCUGCAGUUUAUUUUUGUCACAGCUUUCAGUUAUUUGAUUGUUUUUUUUAUUUAAUUAAGAAAUUAAAUUUAAAAACUAUGCUGUCUAGGGAAAUAAUAGUUAUUGUACACAAUGCUGACAUGGGAAAAUAAACAUUAUUGUACACAAUGCUGACACAGGAAAUAAACAUGAUUGUACACAAUGCUGACAUGGGGAAAUAAACAUUAUUGUACACAAUGCUUACAAAGGAAAUAAACAUUAUUGUGCACAAUGCUUACAAAGGAAAUAAACAUUAUUGUGCACAAUGCUGACACAGGAAAUAAACAUUAUUGUACACAAUGCUGACACAGGAAAUAAACAUUAUUGUACACAAUGCUUACACAGGAAAUAAACAUUAUUGUACACAAUGCUGACACAGGUAAUAAACAUUCUUGUAUACAAUGCUGACACAGGAAAUAAACAUUAUUGUACACAAUGCUGAUACGGGAAACAAACAUUCUUGUACACAAUGCUUACACAGGAAAUAAACAUUAUUGUGCACAAUGCUGACACAGGAAAUAAACAUUAUUGUGCACAAUGCUUACACAGGAAAUAAACAUUAUUGUACACAAUGCUGACACAGGAAAUAAAACAUUCUUUUUCACAAUUUUGUCACGGGAAAUAAACAUUCUUGUACACAAUGCUGACAUAGGAAAUAAACAUUAUUGUACACAAUGCUGACACAGGUAAUAAACAUUCUUGUAUACAAUGCUGACACAGGAAAUAAACAUUAUUGUACACAAUGCUGAUACGGGAAACAAACAUUCUUGUACACAAUGCUGACACAGGAAAUAAACAUUAUUGUACACAAUGCAAACACGGGAAAUAAUACUUAAUUGUAUGUAAUUACACUGUCUUUGCUCAUAAAGAGUAAUAUAUCUACCCUGAAAUGUGAUAUUGGUUUGUGUAUAGUGUAUAUGUGUGUUGAUGUAUGUUCUACGUGAAUGUUUUGUCUCUAGUUUAAAGAUAUAAUAUUAGUACUUGACUUUCAUAAAUGUUCCGGCAGUUUUACCAUUUUAAGUAUUAAAGUAUUUCCACUGUUUUUUUGUGUUUAAGAUAGUAUAAAACAUUAUAUAAAAACAAUUUGGUAUUGCCUUUUUGGUCAAUUACAUGAUAAAACAAAAAAACUUAUUGUGUACAUCAGAUACCUUAAAUUGUCUGUUUAUUAGACAAAAAGUAGCUUUUUGAUUGUGCACUAAUAACAACAACAACCUUCAUUGGUAAAACAGCGACUUCGUAUGGCAACCACCAAGAAUUUAUCAAAAUUCAGACAGCAAGCCAAGUAUUAUUUCUCCAAUAUAUUUUUUUAUGUUUGAAUAGGGCCAGAUAUUGAAGGGCAUUGAUUUUUAAUUUAAAAUCUUAAUUCAUAUUGUAGUAAGAAGAUAAUCACAAACAGAUAUUCAUGUUGAUAUUUAUCGUUCACUUGUAUCCAUGAUGCAUCUUACUGAAUACAUAAAAGAAAUUAAAAAAAUCCCAUGGCUAAACUUGGGUAUGAACAUUAUUUGGAACAUAAAAAUAAUGAUUGUUCAGAAAAACAAUGGAAGAAGGGACAUGUAUAUUCAUAACGAUUUUUUUUUCUUCGUUGAGCAGCGAAACUUAUGCCAGUGUUAGACUGUGUUCCAGGAUUAGUUUUUAUUAACCAAGGCUUGUUAUUUACAUGUUAAUAAUAUCACUGUAUGAAAUAUGUAAGCCCUCUUAAAUUUAUAACAAUAAUGUAAUUGUGUAAUCUUCUCGGAUAUGAGGAUUAUGGGACCAUGUAGUCAACGAGUGUAUCAUGCCAUAGAUUUUUUUAAUCUUUUAAUUUUGGUCUUCAUGGUAGACAUUUUGAAUAAAAUGGUAUACGUGGAAAUAGAAGAUAUAUUCGAAUUUGCAAGUUUAAAUCUUAAUUUGAUUUCUAAUACAGUCAAAAUUCAAAUGUCGAAAUCGUUAGGACCAUGGGAAAGACAUUCAAUAUAACUGAAAUAGUAAUUAUGUCUUAAUCUUAACGCAAAUUUAAAAGAAACAGUAUUUCCAGAACAUUGAGAUGACAUCUAGUUUCACAUGUUUAAUGAUCAACUGGGUUUCUCGAACAUACAAUAUUUUGUCCUACGCGCGGAGAUUACAUGGUCCCCUCCUAUCACCUAUUACAUGUCACCGUAUGCCCAUACCAUGCAAGUUAUUAGCUUCACAUCAUGUGUGUAUUUAAAGGGACAUUCUGAUUGAUAGAAAGCAAAGGACAUUAGAGGGACACAUUCACAUUUAACAUUCUGAUAGUUAACAAAUUAUAUUAAAGGGACACAUUCAGGUUUUAUAGGGACAGAAAUAGGUCUCCUAUUAUCUCUUGUUCAAUGUAAUCAAAAUGCUUAUAACAAUAAUAAAACAUCAUCAACAAAAGGAAUUAAUGCUCUAUUGUUAACUGUAUUUAAAAAUAUGACAUGGAGUGUUCUAUUUUUAUUGAAUAGCAUUUGUAACAGUAACAGUAUAAAUUUUCAUUACUUUAGGCUCGGGUUUACAAAAUACUAAUCAAAUGAAUAAAUACCGGUUGCUCUUUAGUGUUUGUUCAUAAAGAAAAUAACUCAAUUUGAAAGACACAAAAACCAACAAAAGUUACCUGCAUAAGAUCUGUGAUCUAGAUCCUUUAAUAUGAGGUGUUUGAAAUUAUACAUAGUUACAUUAAAUUACCAAUAAACAGGAAUGUUUGAAAUAUCCCAAACACUAUUUAUGGUUGUAUUUUACAUUGUUACGUAUGAAAGCAAAGCUAAUGACAAUAUAUAGAAAGUAUAUAGAUCAUAUCAAACAAGAUGUCCCUUUAAAGCUGCACUCUCACAGAUAUACCAGUUUUACAACUUUUUUUAUUUUUUUGUCUUGGAAAGAGCAAAUUUUUAUGUUAAUAUCUGCAAACCAAUGAUAUAGCAUUGCUGACAAAAAAUCUGAUCGCAGAUUGUCAUAUUUCCGUUCGAAAUUAAUGUUUUAUGGCUUAAACUGUUACUAACGGAUUAAGAAAAUUGCAUAAAAUAUCAAUUUUUGAACUUAAUUAUAAAAAUCUGCAAUAUAUUUUUUUGUCAGCAGUCUUAUAUAACUGGUUUCCAUGGAUUUUCGCAAAAAUUGGCUCAUUCCAAGACAAAAAAUAUAGAAGUUGUAAAAACGUUCAAUCUGUGAAAGUGCAGCUUUAACAUACAUGAAUAUUCAUGGCUUUUGUGAUCACUAAAUUACCUCAAGUGAAACUGGACUCAAAUGAAAAUCAUUUUUAUAGAUUUCUUUUUCGAAUGGCCAUAUUACCUGAAUUAUAAAAAUGUUCUUGUGAUAUUUUAUAUUCAACAUGAAUGUCUGGUUGUGUGAGGAACAUCUCUUUGCUAAAAAGAAAUGGUUUAUUUUUAGCUCAUUCAUUUCGAUGAAAAAAGUUGAGGUAUUGGUGUAGUGUCGCAUUGGUUUGCAAAGAAAGUUUGUACCUGUGCCAUAACUCAAAAACCAUUCAAGAUAUUUGAAUGAAACUUGGUACACAUCAUUAAUGCUUGAAUAAAUAUUUUAUUAUCUCCCUUGCUUGACAUAAGCAUUGACAGUUAUUGUUUAUUAUGAAAUUUAUAUGUGAGACAAAGUUCAAUCAAUCAGAUAUCACAAUUUAUAUGAAUAAAAUAUAAAUUGUCUAUUUGUGAAGGUAACCAAGAGUAUUAAUGAACUAAACUGUACCAGACAAUUGAGCACUUGUACAUGUUAGUGGUAAAUGGUCAUUUUGAAAGAAAUCACGGCUAAGAUCUGUUUUAACGCCAGUUUUGCUGGUAGGAGUUAUUUUGUCCACGUGACAUUAAAAAGAAUGUUAUAAGUGUGCAUUGCAAAAUCUAUAUAGUUGAAUAUGUGUGUUAAUGUUAUGUAAUAUUUUAAUGAUAAAUUAUACAUUUUAUAAACUUUUACUUCUGUCACAUGUAUUUGGAUAUUUAUAUCGUGUGUAAACAUUGUUUUCACCAAGUGUGAUUUUUAUUUCUUUUUCUGUUUAUAAUAAUUUCAUUUCAUCUUUCAACAAAUUGUGCUCAGAAGAUAUUGCAGUUUUACACUAGAUUUGGAUUUUUUAUACAGUUACUGAAUUUGAGGCAAAGGUUGUGCUAUAUAUAGAGAGAACGUCUUAAGAUUAUCCUUAUUUACUACUCUCUUUGGUACAUUACAUUUAUAAGCAACAGAGUUUGUGAAUGACUGGCAAAUUUAAAGUUACAGUAAACGUUAGUUUUAUUCAGUUUCCCUGUGCCUUACAAUCACAGGGUGCGCAAAAAUGACUUGGGUAUGAUAUUAUUUCACACUCCAAUGCAUAUAAUAUUUCGUUCAACUUCUCUACCUGUUGUUGAUUCCUAAUGCUAUAUUUCUGAAGCUUGUAGGAUUUUUAAAGAAUAAAGUCCAGGUGUGCUGUCAUUGUUGUCAUCCAUGGCGUGCAAACACAUAUCUUGGCCAUGACUAAAUUCAAUGUUCAAUAUACACAUAAAAAAGUACACAUGUUACUCACGACAUAACACAUAUUGGUAAAGAAGGCACAUAACUCUUGUUUAAUAACUGAAAAGUUUUCCCCCUUGAUCAAUUUUAGAGAAACAAAUCAACAGAAAACCAGAAAUGAGCAUUAGCAUAUGCUUGUAAUCCACCCAUUUAUAUCUAAAUAUAUAUCAUUUAUAUCUUGUUUAAGUUAACAGCUAUUAGAGGUAUGAAAUAAAUUGUCACUUAACUGAGCCUCAUGAUAACCAGUGGACAAAAUGAAUGUUAUCAACAACUGGCUGCUGCAACCACUGGUUUACAACUUUGAUAAGUUGUCCACAGUUUAUUUUUAGUUAGUUUGUAUUUUUAAAUCUUUUGAUUGGUUAAUGGUAAUAAUGGGAUAAAUAUUGACCAAUCAAUAAACAUUUUGGCUAACGUAACUUGACCAAUCAUUGGCAAUGAAUUAUGACCAUUUUUUUUUUUAAAUGGCUGCAGUGAGCGCUUUUGAUUGAUUGGUUUUGAAUAAUAGAAUUUAAACAGGAAAUGUGUUUUAUUGUUAGUCAAGUCAAUUCUUUUAGCAUGAUGAAUUGAAAGUCAAGUCAUUCAGUAGCGUACCAGGGUUUUAUUGUAAGUCAAGUCAUUCAUUAGCUUACCAUGUUGAAUAUGCACUGUGUUGUUUUGUGUUUUUAUCUGAUUUUUAAUUGAAAUUGUUAAAUUGUUAGAAGAUACCAAUUUUUAAUAUUGUUAAAAACUGAUGUUCCAUGUGAAAUAUUGAAUUGUCAAAUGUAAGAAAGUAGCACGAAAUUUGCACUCAGAAUUAGCAUCAUAGGUCCAAUAUAUGAAUAUUUGUAUACAUGUACUCUAUAUUUAUUAAUGAUUAAAGGUAUAAUUAAAUGUCAUGAUGUUAAAAUCACAAUAUUAAAUGUUUUUUAAGUGAACAGAAAUAUUAAUACAGUGGAAACCCAUUAGCUUGAUAUUGCUUGGCUCGAUGACCUCGUUGGCUCGAACUGUAUGUCAUGGACUGAUUUUAUUUUACACUUGGUAAGCCUUCCCACUUGGCUUGAUAUUCAUGUGGCUCGAAGUAUGUUGGCCGGUCCCUGGGAUGUGAAGCCAACGGGGUUCUAUUAUAUACUUUAUCACUCCCUUGUGGUAUUUUGACUUACUGUUGUUAUUUUAAAGAAAAGUUACAUGUAGUGAUAUAUACUUAUAUUCUACCGGUAAUAUACAUUUGUAUUUUACCAAUUCAAGGUUCCACAUGGCCCUCAGUUUUAUGAAUUAUUAUCCAGCCUUCUUUAUUGAACUACUUUUCUGUGCAAUAUUAAUAAUGUAAAUAAUGAAUAUUAUGGAAAUAAAAUUUAAA